AUACUUUUUCUAAUUCCUAAAAAGAGCUUUAGUCUUAGUAGCAGAUGAGAGCAGUGAAUAAAUGCAACUGAACCCUCCAAGUGCCCCAUGCUACUAUCAUAGCUGCUUUUUUCCAUCAAUAAAUACUAUUACUACUGCCCCCCCUUCAACCAUCAUAAAUAAAUGUACUACUACAUAAUCUGUUUCUUCAUUCAAUGGCUCAGAUCAUCUGUUCUCUCAACAACCACCCAGUAGAAAAGUUGACUCUAGUACUACUACACCACAAUUAAAGUGAACACAGUAAAAGAAAACCUUAACUAACUUCAUUAAAUACUAUUAUUAUGUGUAAUGUAUAAACAUAUAUUUUUCUGGUGCAAGAUUUGAAUGUCUCAAAGGCUGUGGUACCUUCUUUCCACUUCAUAUAAUUAAGUAGCACUGUGGCAUUCAUGAUACUGUAUAUAUCUUUCUUUCUUUCUUUCUUAGUAUGAGGAAUGGGGCCAUCAAAGAAAGCAUCAGUAGAAGACAAAAGCUCUGCAUUCUAGGGUGCCUUUGCAGGGUGUUCAAGGCCUAAAAAGGGUGCUGUUAUUCUGGACUUGUGGACCACCAUAUGUAGUACUACUCUCUUUUUAGACCCUUUUUUUCUUUCUUCAGAGAGAGCUUUGGCUUGUAUAGAAAGGUAAGCAAUCGAAGCUACCAUUAGAGGCAGAAAAAAGAAAGACAGUGAAAAUCACUGACCCAGAAAGCUAGCCUCCUUAACUAGCAGUGCAUCACUUGCUUGCAUUGUGAAGCAAAAUCUCUCUCUCUCUCUCUAUAUAUAUAUAUACACUCCAAAGGUUGUGAUUUGUGAAGAUUAUUUUGGGAAUUGCAAGCAUUACAUGCUUUGAUAGCAGUUGUUCUCUUCCUUCUUCUAUAUAUAUGUUGUAGCAAUCAUCAUGCCUUGCCUAUUCUACUGAAAGGGAGGAUUUAGAUAUCAUCAUCACAUUCAUAAUUUGUGAUUUUGACCCAAAAAGAAGCUGGAAUGAAGGGAAGAUUCUUGUGCUUUCUGAUUGUUCUCCAAUCAGUGAGUUGGGUUUCUGUAGCUAAGAGGCCUUUUUCUCCAGAUCAUGCCAUGUCCCAUCCAGGAACAAAUGAGUCAGCAGCACCAAAGUGUUCACCACCCUAUACUACUAUAGAGUCAGAAAAGAAGAUGAAGUCAUUGGAAAAUUGGAAAGCAGUGAAGAAAAUAGGGUCAAGUCCACCAAGCUGUGAGCACAAGUGCUAUGGUUGCACACCAUGUGAAGCCAUUCAAGUUCCCAGCACCGGCAAGCGCACUCAUUUAGCCAUUCACUACGCCAAUUAUGAGCCUGAGAGCUGGAGAUGCAAGUGUGGUCCCUUCUUCUAUAGCCCCUGAUUAAUUAAUUAAUUCAUUUUGUUCAUAUCAUCAUAUCCAAUUCAAUGUAUAAUUUCAUUUGCUUUUUCUCUCUGUACCAACCACAUAUGUAAAAUACAUGCACAAUGCGUGACCA